GGAAGGGGGCGAACAAUUUUUCACACCACUGUACAAUAGAGCCCCAGUGCACAGCCAGCGCACACAGAUAUGAGCCUCACAGAGGUGGAAGGGUUGUGUCACAAUGCUCAGCGAUCACUUACACCAGCUAGAGCUCAGAUCCUGACCCAGCUUGACAAAGAUCCGCUCAGGUCCUGCCAGUUCUUCUCCUUUAUUUCUUCACGGCGUCUGCGCGUAACUACGCUUCUAAAAGGACUCGCUGGAGUGAAUAAAUCGACGAAUAUCCAGUGUGACGUCUCCACAUGCCGUUCUACCGGAAUGACGGCUUAUGGUUACUAGGAUGCAGCUUUCUGAAAGACGAUGCCUCAGGAAAGUGCAGGCACUGAACUGAAAGAACUGCGUGUUUGGAGCUCAUGAGAAAUAUUUGCGACUGUAAUAAACAGUGAAAUAAUGUUCACAGCCAAAGAGGAAGUACUGUUAUUCUGUAAAACACAAGUUUUGGAAUUGUAAUUGACACGAGUCGUUCUUCAGGUAAGGUGACCAGUAUGUAACUCUUCAUGCUCUCUGAGAGAUGGAUAAGUAUGAGAAACUGGCUAAGAUCGGCGAGGGCUCAUAUGGAGUGGUGUUCAAAUGCAGACACAGGGACACCGGUCAGAUAGUGGCCAUUAAAAAGUUUGUUGAGUCUGAGGAUGACCCAGUCAUCAAGAAGAUCGCACUGAGAGAAAUCCGCAUGCUGAAGCAGCUGAAGCAUGUGAAUCUGGUGAACUUGCUUGAGGUCUUCAGGAGAAAGAGACGUCUUCAUCUAGUCUUUGAAUUCUGUGAGCAAACUGUUCUAAAUGAACUGGACAAACACCCCAGAGGGGUUCCUGAGGCACAACUCAAGAGUAUUGUAUGGCAAACUCUACAGGCCGUGAACUUCUGUCACAAACACAAUUGUAUCCACCGUGACGUCAAACCGGAGAACAUUCUUCUAACCAAGACCGGUGUGAUCAAACUAUGUGAUUUUGGCUUUGCUCGCAUCCUCACUGGUCCAGGUGAUGAUUAUACUGAUUAUGUGGCAACACGAUGGUACCGGGCCCCAGAGCUCUUGGUCGGAGAUACUCAGUACGGUCCCCCAGUGGAUGUCUGGGCCCUCGGUUGUGUCUUUGCCGAGCUGCUUUCUGGAAAUCCUCUUUGGCCGGGACGUUCUGACGUGGAUCAACUGCACCUCAUACGAAAAACACUGGGUGACUUGAUCCCACGGCAUCAGCAGGUGUUCCACUCCAAUGUCUUCUUUAGUGGAGUCAGCAUCCCUGAGCCUGAUACCAUGGAGCCAUUAGAGAAGAGGUUCCAUGGUGUUUCUCCUCAUGCUAUUACUGUGAUGAAGUCCUGCCUAGUAAUGGAUCCAUCUGGCAGGUUGUCAUGUGAAGAGCUUUUAGAGCUGCCAUACUUCCAGGAGGAUGGGGCAAUGGGAUGGGGCAGAGAAACUGAUCGUCUCCCAAGACGCUAUGAGAAAGGCACAAGACGCAGAGCUCCCGUGGUAUGA